GUAGGUUUCAAGAACGUUGUGACCAUUGACAUGCUAAGGGAGGCGAAUCCUCUCCUGGAUGUAGUGGAUCACAAUCGCAGACCCAAAGACAUGAUUCCCAUAUCUAAGGAUUUGCCACCAAUAGAUGCUGUCGUCCUGUUCGGCGAGCCUAUCAGGUGGGAGACCAACUUACAGCUGAUCACUGAUGUGCUCUUGACCAAUGGGAGGCCAGGAAACCCCGUGACAACAUUGCAUUACCCACAUAUCCCCGUGCUGGCCUGCAACAUGGAUCUGCUGUGGAUGGCCGAAGCCAAAAACCCUCGAUUUGGACACGGCAUGUUUCUUGUGUGUCUGGAGAGCAUCUAUAAGAAGAUAACAGGCUGUGAGCUGAAGUACGAGGCUCUGAUCGGGAAGCCCAGUGUUGUGACUUACAACUACGCCGAACUGCUCAUUAGAAAACAGGCCGAGAAACUGGGCUGGACCCGACCGGUCCAGAGACUUUACGCCAUUGGGUGA